GCCGCUGCCGUCACCCCCGGGCCGCGCCGAGCGGAGGGGCCGCGACCGCGAUGCGGGGCCGAACCGGGCCGGCCGAGGGAGGGGCCGGAGCGGGCCCCGCGGGGGGCAGCUCCCCUCGGGGCGGGCUGGGGCGCCUCGCCCGCGCCGGCAAGAGGGGCUGCGCCCUCUGACGAGCCCGGGCGAUGGGAGGCAGCGCGGCGGGGCGGGGUGACAGCCUAGGCUCUAAUAAGGCCGGGGCUGGCGCUGGCCGAGGGCUGUUUGCCUCGGUCCCCCGCGCUGCCCGGCGCCCCCGCCAGCCCCCGAGCAUGCAGUGCUUCCCCAGCCUGGUACUGGCCCUCAGUUCGCUGCUGGGCGCCCUGGCGCUGCUGCAGCUCUCGCUGUACCUCCGGGUGCCGUCCCGCUACGGGAAGCACGAGGAGCGGCUGUGCCGGCCGCGGGGCCGGUUGCCGGCGCGCUGCGCCUGGUUCCUGCAGGAGCUGCCCUCCUUCCUGGUGCCCGCGCUGUUGCUGGCGCUGCGCAGCCCGCCCCGCCUCGAGCCGCUCGGCUGCCGCCUCCUCUGCUGCCUCUUCUGCUGGCACUACUUCUACAGGACAUUUAUAUACCCCUUCUUCACUAGAGGCAGACCUUUCCCACUGCAAUUGCUUUUCUUUGGCACGUUAUUCUGUAUCUAUAAUGGCUUCCUCCAGGGGUACUACCUGAUUUACUGCGCUGAAUAUCCUAACGACUGGUGCACCGACAUCAGAUUUACAUCAGGCCUCCUCUUAUUUCUGCUGGGAAUGGGAAUCAACAUUCACAGUGAUCUGCUGCUGCGCCAGCUGAGGAAACCCGGGGAAGUCACUUACAAGAUUCCUCAAGGGGGACUCUUCACCUACGUUUCUGGAGCCAACUACUUUGGAGAAAUUGUGGAAUGGUUUGGUUUUGCUAUAGCAACCUGGUCCCUACCAGCCUUCGCCUUUGCCUUUUUUACUCUUUGCUGCAUCGGGCCUCGUGCUUAUCACCAUCACAGGUACUAUCUCAAGACAUUUACGGACUAUCCAAAAUCAAGGAAAGCCUUGAUUCCUUUUGUUUUUUAAUGAUUGACGUAUGGACUCUGUGUUCUGUUUUUAUAGGGGUUUUUUUCAAUUCCUAGUUUUAAUGUUAGGUCUGACUACAAUUAACUGUACAAAUGAUAACCUGGGCCUGUAACAGAGAAGAAGGUAAUUUGGAACUGAAGUUCUUGUUUUUAAUUACAGGGGAAAUUGCAGAUAGUUGUGGGCAAAGGGACUCCCCAAACAACAUGUUUGCUUGUCAGUGGAGUUCUACCUAUGGAAAAUGGAUAUAUAACUGCACUGACAUCAGAGAAAAACCAUUGGUUAAAAACUGAUGCAGAAAAGUAGAAAGUAAGCCCAUGACUUCAGAGAAAGUCUUCAGCAGUCACUCCAAUUUAUAGCACUUCUGCAGCUGCCUCGUCCUGCCUGCAUACCAUAGCACACGUGCCCUCGCUCUGCCUGCACUGCCCUAGGUGUUGCCACACUUUAAAUGGGAAUAGAGGUCGCCUUUGCCAGGAAAAUAACUCAGCCCAUUAUUUUUCAUCUAAAAGCCAGCUUAGUUCCCAGAACCGUAAUGCAACAAGAGGAUACCUGUGCCGGCACAAAGCUGGGAGCAGUGUGCCGUGGCACAGAGGCAAGGCGAUGCAAAGUACGCGGAGAUGGGAGUAUCUUAACCUGGCACUCACAAGCACAAUGUCUGUGUUCCUUCCUUAAGCAAUACUCUCCUCACUGUCAGAUGAUAAAUCUUCAGCCAUCAGGGGUUUUUUUUAGAUGUACUUGGUUACAGCAAUCACAGCUCCAUUAGGAUUCUUUUUUCUCUUGCAAAUCCAGAGGUCUUUUCAGAAUAAA